AUGUCUUGGAAACGUUCCUCUUUGGCUGAGAUCGGUUUCUUCUACGAUGAAGAUCUCCUAAGUGAAGACCAAAAGGAUAAAGGCAGAAAAGAGUUCCCGCCCCAUGUUCGAAAGCUUGAGUUAGCGAUGCUUGACUUUACGUGCCAGGAGCUAGACAUGCCUACUAGGAAAGAUCUCAAAAUCCAACUUGAAGCUGAAAGACUUGCCAAUGGUGGGUUUUCAGAAGAUCGCUGGGUAGACUUCUUUCGAACAUUCUUCUUCAAUCCACUUCUGCAGCAUGCUUCAGCAUCCGGGGGUAAAUCUCGAAUAUCGUCAAGAUGCCAGUACUACUAUGAUUCUAUCGUGUUCGACACUGACUCUAUAUGGGGGGCAUUCGACAAGAGGAACGAAAUAGUAAAAGCGUUCAAGGCUCCCAAGCCCGACCUCGUCUUUUACCUUCCGAUGUAUCAUCUGGAAACUUAUAUACCCACGAUAACUGAUUACGAGGCGCAACAAUGGCACAAAUCAUCAACUCCUUCCCUUGUGGAAUCGUUCUCAUGGUCGAAUUUGAAGAACCUACAUAAGUUUGGCUUACAAGUCACCCCCUUCAACGUUUUGGAAAAGGAGAAACCCCAAGAACAAGACCUGAGCUGUUUUCCAUGGCUUAUCGUCGAAUAUAAGAAAGCCAAAAGUGCUCCUGGGGAGCUGGACCGAUUGAAGGAAGUUGUUUACUGCCAAGCAGCCAAUGCCAGUGGGUGUGCUGUCAAUCUGAACGAGAAUGCAGCCAGAUAUGCUGUUAAGUUGGUCAAUGACGCCCAAGUCCCCCCUGUUGUAAGCGUGACCACUGUUGGGCCCCAGGUCAAAGUCUGGAUAACUUUCUUUGCGAGAGACUUCAUGGCAUAUUGUUGGGACUUCAACGGCGAAAAGUAUGAGAAACAGGAAAAGGGUUACAUGAUGCAAUGUAUCUGGACAGGUGACAUGACUGCACCUCAAGAUAUCCUUCAAUUCCGGCUCAUACUCGAGAACACAUAUACUUGGGCAAAACGGGUGUUCAAGCCAUUGAUGGCCACAUACAUUGAUCAGUGGAAGUUUGCUUGCAUUGAUGACAUUCCUAGCGCUGCUUAUACGGAAUCGAAACGUCGGAGAGAGAGACUGGAGCUCUCUAGAUGUGCGUUACGGCUUACUCUAGCUUCUCGAGAUGCUCAGCCAGGUCUGCAGCCUGGCUCUGACUCAUAUCGUUCUGUUACAAACAAUCUUGUCGACAUCUGCGAUCGAUUCGUUCAAGACGUCGACCGAUUGAUCGCCGAGGAACUCAAGCGAUCAAGUGAAGGUAACAAAAGGGCAUCGUCCAGCAGCAGUACACGAAGAAGGGCACGGACGCCUAGCGAGCCGCCUCGAAAAGCUAGUCCCAAAUCUGAAGAUAUGACUCCGAUAAGUGUUCCGCGACGAAGUCCACGGUUGGAACCACGAAACAAACCACAGCCGUCUCAUGAUAUCACUGCUAGAGUGGACACUGUCUCUUUAGGUCUCAGAGUAGCUAUGGCAGCUGGGGCACCCAAGAGACGGCAAAGCCAGAGUAAACUCCUCGCGCCGCCAAUCGAGAUUGAACUUGUACCAGACUCUUCAUCUGGGGAAUCAGUGGCCUCUAGCAUAGUGGCUGACGAGGAUAUUUCAAUUGUGAACCUGUCAGAGGAGGAUACUUAG